AAUAAAAAAAAAACACUGAUUGAACAGGAUGCACACAAGGACCAGGUUUUAAUAAGGUUGUUGUUGGGAAUCAAACCAACUGAUAAACAGGAAAUAAUAGAAAUCCAAGUAGUGUUAAAUGACUAAAGAACUAAUUACUGAGCGUGAUUUCAUAUUCUAGUUAAUGUUCACCCAUCAGGUAGGACUGUGACAUCAUAGUUCAAUGGUCACAGCAGAGAAAGGUCCACAGGUCUGCACACCAAUCGCAAAGAGAAGUCGAGAGAGAGAGAGUGGGAGAGUGAAGGAGAGAAAUUUCAAGGAAAGACGAGUGAGGACAUCAUGGUUUCAAUCACAGAGACUCAAAAGAUUGGUGUUGGUCUCACAAGCUUUGGCCUUUUCUUCCUGCUCUUUGGUGUGCUUCUGUACUUUGAUUCUGUCUUGCUGGCGUUCGGGAAUGUCCUGUUUCUGGCAGGCCUGGCAAUUAUAAUCGGCCUGAGGAGGACGGCCAGCUUCUUUUUCCAGAAACAAAAGCUCAGAGGCUCCACGUUCUUUCUGGGGGGCAUUGCGUUGGUGCUGUUCCGCUGGCCAGUUAUCGGAAUGGCUGUUGAGAGCUAUGGCUUUGUCCUCCUAUUCAGGUCCUUCUUUCCUGUGGUGUUUGGAUUCCUUUCAUCAUUGAUGAAUAUCCCCUAUUUCAAUGUGGGAAACAUGUCCUCUAUGGUCUGAGGAAAGAGAAACGUCUCAUUCCUAACCUAAUUACACGACAACUUCCUAGAAAGUGGUAAUUCUGUGAGGAAAAGGGUAGAGGGAGAGAGAUAUUAUAUUGAAAAAGAUAAAACAGAAACUUAUGAGAGGAAGAAUAUAAGAAAUGAAUAAGAAGAGAAGUGGGCUACAACAUGAGACUGACAGAGGCUACCUCAUCAACAUGAACAGAUCGUCACUCUUCUUGUUAAAAUAUUAACAUGAAACAAUGAAAUCAGGGAAAAUGUGUUUGCUAUAAGUGGCUGCCAUUCCACUAUUGUAUUUAUAUUAAAAUGUUUUUCAUUUACAAGU